CACCAUACCUCCCCAACCUUGCUGCACAUUCCUUUUCUUUAAAUCCCAUAUUUACCCAUCUGUAACUACGUCCUUUAAUAUUCUCUCUUCUGUAUUUACCUCAUUUACACUUUGUGAACUUGAUUACCUGUUUAGACUUGUUCUAUCCCUUAAUCAAAUCAAAACAUAUCAAUUCACACAUCAUAAAAAGCUAUUAUGCCUAAACUUCGUGUUUCCGUUGGUGGAUCAUACACAGACCUUUCUGUUAUCAAUUGUAACGAUGAACUUCAUCCCAUCGAGUUUGACGCCCCAGAGUUCAAAGGACGAGCCAUGAUCCGUAUCAAAGACUUUGUCGGGAUCACCAACGAUGGCUCAGAGCCUAUUUUGAAUUCUGACUACUUCAAAGGACGUAAUCGCAAGUUCUCCAUUCAGGUUGAAGGGCGAUUUAAGCGUGAAUGGGAUGGUGAGCAGGUUUAUUUCGGAACAGAUUUUGAUCGAUCAGUUGAACUCCCUAGCAGCUUCGAAGCCAUGUUCAAGAUUGCACAUUACAUUGAUCCCGUUGUUCGGACGUCGCUUUCAGGAGAAGGCAAACCAUGGAUUCUCAGCCCGCUUGUCUCUUCCAUCAAUGUCAUGACUGCAUGGAGGCCGCAGGAUGUUUAUCUAUCCUCAUUUUCUUUGAUCUCACGUCACCAUCAACAAGAAAUGGCGGAAGGAUCACAUUUGAGUGAACGGAACUCUAUGUGGGGUUUUCUGGGCAAAUUGAAGAAGAGUAAUCACAGCUCUGUGGCUGCUAGUGUUAAUAGCCAUACUUCCAACGAUGUCUACGGUAGUCAAGCCAGCUCUGCCAGUAGUUCGACAGAGCACCUUGAUAUUCUGAACAAUGCUGACAGCCACCAUAACAACCAUCAUCACCUUUAUACAGAAGUCCUGGGUUCACCACCUCCCGUCUCAUCUUUACCAGCUCCUACCAAUAACUCUGGAUUGUCCAUUCCUCUAUCCAGGCCCGCCAAUGAGGAGUUUGAUGAAACAGACAUGCCCCUUGGCCAAUGGCGACCGUAUCUGGAGGAAAACACAUCGUUUUUCAUGCCUAACAAGCCCAGCAUGAGUACAGCUCAGCGUCGCAAGUAUUUUCGGUCGGAAGAAGCACGGAAACGCUUUGUAUUUAAACCAGAGCUUGUUCAUGGAUUUGAGUUCUAUAGUCCGCACAUGAAUUUCAAUAAGUUUGAGAUCAAUAUGGGCUUGCGAAUGAAUAUCCAAAGAUAUUUGCUUGGUCAGCCCGUUCGAUAUACAUGUAGGACUUUGGAUGGCAACACUGUUUUCUGGGCUGUUCAGUUUGAACUUGUGGAUGAGUAAGUUUAAGUAUUCUUCUUUACUGCCAUCUCUACAAAGAAUUAUGGGGUCACAAUAAACGUAAAGAAAGAAAG